AUGGACUUCACAAGGGAAGUCGUCGUCCCGGCGGCGCUGUCGGAGAUCCUCGGCCGGAUCUUCGCCUUCCUCUUCGACAGCCUCCCUCGGCCGUCGCCCGGAGCCAGGGAGCUCCACCGGCGGCGGCUGGAGCGGCUGCUGGGCAACAUCGGCAGCAUGGUCGAGGAGGCCGAGGGCCGCCACAUCACCAACCAGCAGUUGCUCUCCCACCUCAAGGCGCUCACCGUGGGCAUGUACCGCGGCCGCUUCGCGCUCGAGCGUUCCCGCGUCACGAGCUUGAUCUUGGGCGGCGGCGGCGGCGACGAAGGCACGGAGAGGCUAGCCGCCGUCGUGGAGGAGCUGGAAGGCCUGACGCGCGACUACAUGCGCGAGUUCAUCCUGCUGGUGCAGGGGUACCCCCGGAAGGUGGACCGGCCGGUGACGACGACGCUGUACAUGGACCGGUGCGUGUUCGGGCGCCACGUGGAGAAGGAGCGCAUCGUCGACUUCCUACUGCAGCGCCCCCCGCCCGGCCGCGCGCCGUUCCUGAGCGUGCUCGCCGUGGUGGGCGCCAAGAAGGUCGGCAAGACGACGCUCGUGAAGCACGCCUGCGACGACGAGCGCGUGCGCGGCCACUUCUCCCGCAUCGAGUGGUUCGAGACCCCCGACGUCGUGCGCGCCGGCGGGCAACCCGACCAGACCAUCUGGGAGAGCGACGGGCCAGAGUACCUCGCCGGCGUGCGGCGCAUCCUCGGCGAGCCCCGGUUCGCGGCGGAGCGGUCGCUGCUGGUGUUCGAGGACGCGUGGCCCAUCGACGAGCCGGCGUGGACUGCGCUGGCGGCGACCCCGAGCGCGCUCGCCGGCGGGAGCAAGCUCCUCCUCACCUGCCGCGACGCCGACAUCGCCCGGCUGGGCACCGCGGAGCCGGUGGUGCUCCGCACCCUGCAGGAGGAGGAAUACUGGUACUACUUCAAGGCGUUCGCGUUCGGCGGCGCGGACCCGCGGGAGCACCCGCGGAUCGCGGCGGUGGCGCGGGAGAUCUCCGGCCACCUGGAGCGCACGUUCCUGGACGCGCGGGUGCUGGGCACGCUGCUCAGGGCCAAUUUCGACGCCCGGUUCUGGCGGAGGGUGCUCGCCGCCAUCGUGAGGUGCGAGCGCCGCCCGAUGCACGUCGGCGUGCUGCUCGAGCUCCUGCCCGUGCGCGGCAGGCUGCAGUCGUACGGGUACUGCCGGAGCCCGCCCAAGUUCACCGUGCAGGACGUGCUCAGCGCGCGGGAGAGUGGCGGUGGCGGUGGUGGCGACUCGGAGGAAGGCUUCACCAUCCAUCUCUGCAGGGAGACACUGUACAUGGAUCACUGGUACAGCAUCACCUUCAAGAACGAGGGGGCACCGCCGCCAUCGCCGCCGCGGCGCGUUCUGACGACCUAG